AUGCCCUUACCACCCGAACUCCUACGGCUCAUUGCGGGGAAUAUCGACGAGCAAAGCACUUUGCUUGGCCUUCGACUUGUCUCGAAGGGUUUUGGCGUCAUCUUCACACCUCUGGCAUUCCGUCUCAUCACUGUGAGCGACAGUCUCCGCCGCGGACAGGCGUUGGCCGCAUUGCAAGAAUGUGAAGAAGAGCUUGUAUCAAAUAUUCGCGAGAUUGUUUUCCAUGGAGACCCUCUUUCGCCAACAGACAACCCAUCUAAUUGGAUAUCUGUCGAUGUGGAGGAAGGGCUGCCAAGGCGCCGUGCAUUACAGAGCGCAUUCGCAGCAUUGAACAAAUUUCCCAAACUUGAACAUCUACGCCUCGAUUUUCACAAUACUUGGCAGGAGGAAGACAUUGUCGACAUCCCAGAACAACCGACACACUUUCUCCUCCUCCAAAACGCCCUGUUCUCUGCUCUCGCCAGCUGUUCUCCAGCACCAAAGCUCGUUUCAGUUACCCUUCACAACGUGCUUGCAGUUCCAGAUGCUAUUUACGCGCAACCUGAGUUUCAAAGCUUCUUUUCAACAUUGCAAACCCUUGACUUGUCCGUCCUCUCGGAUGCAGAGAGUGAAGGCUCUUACUAUCAGACCCCAUUGGCCACCUUCUGGGACACCAGCAUGGCCCAUAUUGUCCGCAGUGCCAAAAGCGCCAGAUCGCUCACCAUUCGAAGCGACCAGUCCACCGGCGCGUACCCUGCACUUUCUUUUGCUGCGACAUGCCUCCCUAAUCUAGAAGAGCUGUCUUUGACCAAAUUCGUCCUCGAUACGUCGAGCCCAGACUCAGAUGUCGCCCUCUUCAUUGUCAAACAUAAACGGACGCUGCGACGACUAGAAUUGCACGACUGCACGAUUGAUGGAGGAGAGGAUUUGCAGUUCCCGCGACCGUGGUUCGCGGUGUUCAAUUUGUUCAACGACGAGCUUAUCCACCUGCGCUCUUUUGUUUUUCAAAGCAUAGCGAGGCGUGGCCGAAGAGCACCUAUCGGCGCAAAGUUUGGAUAUACGCGCCUGGAUCCAGGCUGGGGUUAUAUGCCACUCAAUGAGGAGGAUGGUCCGGUUCAGGGAGCAGACCUCGAUGCGCCAACGUUAGAAGGCUUCUUGGCGGCAGUCGCGGCAAGAUCUUGA